AUGACAUCUCUUCCCGCCUCUGCCCAUUGUUCAACAUCUGAUAGUGCUUGCAGGAUCUCCCCAGAACAAAUCACUCAGGUACGACCCAAACUGCCACUUUUGAAGAUUUUGCAGGCAGCAGGUGCACAAGGUGAAACAUUCACUGUUAAAGAGGUCAUGCAGUAUCUAGGCCAAUAUAUAAUGAUGAAGCAGCUCUUUGAUCAGCGGGAGCAGCACAUGGUUUAUUGUGGUGGUGAUCUUUUGGGAGAACUACUAGGACAUCAGAGCUUCUCCGUGAAAGAGCCAAGCCCUCUCUAUGAUAUGCUAAGAAAGAAUCUUGUCACUUUAGCCACUCGUACUGCAGAUGCCGCUCAGACUCACGCUCUCGCUCAGGAUCACAGUAUGGAUAUUCCAAGCCAAGACCAACUGAAGCAAAGGGAAGAGGACAGUUUGAACUCCAGGAAAAGAACCGAAGAAGGCAAUGUUCCCACCCUAUCUGCCUCUCAGCGUAACUGCAAAAAUUCAAGACAAGAUCAAGACUUGGUAGAAACUGUUACCCCAAAUGAGAAAUCUGUGCUGGACCUUGGGUUUGAGGAAUGGGAUGUAGCUGGCCUGCCCUGGUGGUUUUUAGGAAACUGGAGGAACACCUAUUCACCUAGAAGUAACGGCUCAACUGAUUUACAGACAAAUCAGGAUAUAGGUACUGCUCUUGUUUCAGACACUACAGAUGACUUGUGGUUUUUGAAUGAUUCAGUAUCAGAGCAUUUAGGUGUUGGAGUAAAAGCUGAAGCUGCUAAUACUGAACAAACAAGUGAAGAAGUAGGGAAAGUGAAUGAAAAAAAGGUAGUUGGAGUGGGGAAAAAUGAUGACUUCGAGGACUCUAAAUCCUUAAGUGAUGAUACUGAUGUAGAAGUUAAUUCUGAGGAUGAAUGGCAGUGUACUGAAUGCAAGAAAUUUAACUCUCCAAGCAAGAGGUACUGUUUCCGUUGUUGGGCCCUGAGGAAGGAUUGGUAUUCAGAUUGUUCUAAAUUAACCCAUUCUCUGUCCACGUCUGAUAUCACUGCCAUACCAGAAAAGAAAGAAAAUGAAGGAAUUGAUGUCCCUGAUUGCCGAAGAACCAUUUCAGCUCCUGUUGUUAGACCUAGAGAUGGAUACAUAAAGAAAGGGAAUUCCAAACCUCUGGAUCCCUGCAGCUCGAUGGAGUUCUUGGAUUUGGCUCACAGUACUGAAAGCCAAGAGACUUCUUCAAGCAUGGAAGAGCAGUCAGAUACCCUUUGUGAACAGAGAACAGAUGCAGAAAGCAUGGAGGAUAGCCAGGCUCUUUUGAAACCAUGUAGCAUAUGUGAGAAAAGACCACGAGAUGGGAACAUCAUUCAUGGGAGGACAGGCCAUCUUGUCACUUGCUUUCACUGUGCCAGAAGAUUAAAGAAGGCUGGGGCUUCUUGCCCAAUUUGUAAGAAAGAGAUUCAGCUGGUUAUUAAGGUUUUUAUAGCAUAG